AUGGGAGAAAAGAGAGAAACGUCUCAUUCGAGAUCAUGCCAAGGGCAGUGCCAGUCUGAUGAGGUGAAUCCCAAAGUAUGUAAAGAUUUUGCGGGUACCGGAAUACUUCACUCGGCCAAGCUUAUCUGCAUUAUGCUGGGUGGGGUGUGCGUGCCGGCGGUGUUGACUCAGGCCAAUCUUUGUCGGAAAAAGGCGGGAACAAUCAGCGCAGGCCAAUUGGGCGACCGUGUUCGCACGAACACUUUCAUUGUGGUGAACUCGAUGAUGGGCUACCAAGCCAGCUUUCGAUUUGCAGCACUUGCCACAUUCCUCACACGUGAACACAACGAGUCUCUCCUGUGUACUGGUUGGAACUGGCUACCCGGUCGGCACCACGAGGAGGUGGUUCAGUUGACCACUACUGGUCGGCACCACGAGGAGCUCACCCUUCGCGACAUCAUGAUCAAAUGUUUUUCUCACCUAGUUACUCUGUUUGUGUUGGAGUGCAUCCGGGCGGGUUCAGCACUCUCAACAACUCAGUUGCAAGCAUUCUGCUCCGCACCGAACACCGCAUCUAUUGUGGGUGGCAGCCAUCGUCGUUUGGUGACCGAAGGAGGGCGGAUCACCUUGACCUGCUGUAUGCCCGGUAGUUCCAGUGGGCACGAUCACGAGCAACUAACGUGGUUUGACCCGCGGGGCAAGGAGCUCACCAAUCAUUUCGCAAAUCCGCUCCAUAAGAAUGAGCAUGCAGCUUAUUCCAUUCCAGAUUUCCGCUCACCCAAUCACUUGGUAACGAUGCUGGUGAUCCAACAUUUUGAGUUGACGGACACUGGUGGGUACACAUGCCGCAAAGGAAACAUGGAUUCAUCCAUUAUACCAGCGGUGGUCAUGCUUGACCAACGUCCAAGACUGUUGGCCGACUAUAAUCCACUACCACCGAGCAACCCGGAAGAUUCUGGGGCAGCAGUCGUUGCUGGUCCUCCGGUAUUCGUCGCACUCGAAGAGGGGCGGCAAGGAGAAAUCACGUGUCGCAUCAAUCAGAACAACCCAGUGGGGGAAGUGCAUUUAACCUGGUACUUUCAAGGACGUCAGCUGAUUGCACCCGCUUUGGCUCUGAAUGGAAAAGAACUGGGUCAGACGCAGCUGUCGUAUACUGAACCGAGUUUGAACGACAUGUUUAGUCCACAGUAUUCAUCAAUCAACGGAGAUCUUGCCCGAGUUGCUAAGACAACGGAAUUUCUCCAGCCGAGCAGACGUUACGACAUGCUUCAUGGCCGUCCUGUCUCGGUGGAUCCAGGAGAGUUGGGAAUUCGGAUAAUGGACAAUGGGCAGAUCUUGCAGAUGGACCGAGUUGACUCCCGACAUUCUGGGAUUUAUCUUUGCAAAGCUGAGGCGCCGAAUCCUACAUGGUCUCUGGAGACGAGUAUCCAAGACCCACCGUCUUCUGAAAGCGGAGUAGUUGAGUCCCCGGUACUGGUUCAAUUACAAGCGAUACGCGGCAUCGUCUUCACUCCACCUCGUAUGUUGCCAGGAAGUCCAAAAGAAGUCCCAGUGCCACAGACUCAUGACCAACAGCAGUACGCAUUUAAGAAAAGAGCUGUUCGGAGUGCAAACGGUUACACAACAUACACCGAAACCCCACGGUUCUAUAUGCAGUCUCGUGCAAAUUCAUUUGGCAAACCCCAGCAAAUCUCAGGAACCCAGUUUGGAAAGGUACGGCCAGUAACACUGGAAGGUGGUCAGUUGGUUCUUGAAUGUCAGGCCAGGGGGAAACCAAGCCCACAAUUGUUAUGGUAUCGAGGUGGAAUGGGUACAAAUAUCCUCACUGAUUCCAAGGCUUUUACUUUUGAUCAACGAAUAAGGGAGGCAUUGCAACACUUAACGUUGGAGGAGGUACAACCUCAGUUGGGAAUAAUGAUUGCUCAAGGUGAUCGUCUCCUACCGUCGAUUGCUGGACCGGGUACGGAAAAACAUUCUACACGCAAUCCCACGCUAUCUUCGAUGCCGGGUGAUAUGAAUACUGGACAGCUGAAACAAAACCAGUUGGAUCGAUUUGAGCUGGCUGUCAAUGUGCGAAAAGACGAUACUGGAGAUCCUGUGAUUACGGUGUCACGCCUCACGAUACACGAAUUGCGCCCAUCAGAUGCUACCCGGUACACAUGCUUGGCCGUGUUGGACCUCAGUCAUUUCGGAGGAAGUGGCAACUACACGGAUGUUGGAAGUGUCUUUCCAGAUGUGGUACUCCGUCCGAGAUUUAUUAAAUCAGGAACGCAACUGCAAGCUAGCGGAUUUCCCGGUCAAAACGCCACUUUAGCCUGUGAGGCUUUCGGAGGUCUGUCAAACCCACAAGGAUUGCGUUUACGUCUUUUGCGAGGGAACGGGGUGCCAGAGUUGAUCAAUCUGCUAACGGGCUCAAAACAAAUCAAGCAAGAUCGCUUAUCAGAAGGAUACUCAACAGAUAUGUCACCGGGACUGCCAAAACCUGGGGCCGAAUCAACUGACUCGGUUCGGUUCAGACCUGGUCCGACUGUACAAAGAGAUUCGUUGUUUAAAAACCCAAAUAUUCCAGGCGCUGAUUACGUGCCAGAACAUGAUUAUACGGCUAUGUUCGAGAACGAUUCUCUGGAACUAGUCUUGCCAGGCAUAGAUCCCCGGUAUCACCUAUCCUUGACACCAGAUCCACGUAAUCCGUACAUGAGUUCACUUCGUCUGCAUGUAUACGAUCUACGUCCGGAAGACAACGCUUUCUAUGCAUGCGAGGCGUUAUCCGGACCACACUGGCGAGCCAUCGCUCCGACCGCUCACGAGGGACCUGGACGUUUAACUGUAUGGUUUCCUCCCACUGAUGUAGAACCCAGAAACGUACUCACCAUGACAGAUGCUGACGAUCUGCCGCAAGAGAAGAACAAAGGUCUGGUAUACGGUUUGUCUCAUCAGCCGUCCAAGCUAAGCUGUCAAGCUACAGGCCAACCUCCGCCAGAAUGGGUAUGGACCGGACCAGAGACUGGUCCAGAUGUUUCACUGGGCAACCCGGAUGGCCCAAAAGGCUAUCAAAAGGUGGACUACCAAGACGGUGAAUUAUCUGUCAGUGAGUUGACAAUUGCUGCUGGAUACUGGAAUAUUGGCCUAUUUGGAACCUACACCUGCACUGCUACAAAUCGUUUGGGUUCCGGGAUGGCUCACUUACGACUGAAAAUGGCCACUCAUCCAAGCAGACCAGCGCUGAGGGCAUGUAAGGUGGAAGCAAAAAUGAUCGAACUGUGCGUUGAACCUCCGAAAGACACAGGUGGUCUACCCCUGACGCACUAUGAGCUGCGCAUACAAACACAUCCUCGUGGUGCCUUCUACGGACCUUUUGCUUACUUGCCUGGUAGGCGUCUCCUCCGGUUGCCACAUCUGAUCCCUGGUUAUUACUAUCGAUUCGCGCUGUCGGCAGUGUCACCAGCGGGAAGAGGACCAAAUACUUACUUGGAGGUCACAACAAAUCGGCUAUCCACACCGGCUAUAAAAAUGCUAACGGCACAGGAAUAUAUCGAACCUACCGCAUACAAUGUUCAUUGGGAACUGCCUGGAAAUAGUGGCCAGGAAAUAGACCAGUACAAGAUCAAUGUACGACCGGUUGAGGUCGAUUAUUCAAUGGGUGAAAUAACUGGUAAGCCAAUUGGCGACUGGGUAGAGUACACACCGGUGAAUCCCACCUGCACUAAAGAAAACGAAGAGAUGGGAACAAAGCCCAUCUGUCAAUAUCGAGUGGACAAACUUCAGCCGGACAAAGCUUACGAACUGGAAUUGGCUGGGCAAAAUUCCGUUGGGUUUUCGGAGGCACAACGUGUGAUUUUUAGAACCUCAUCAACAUCUGGAACAAACGGGCGUAUGUUGAAUAUCCCCUCUUAUUUGCGUCACACAUCGGGAAACACUGCGUCGGUACCCUCACAGACACUUCACACAGUGAUUUCAAUGUCUUUGCUUAGUUUGUCGUUGUUGUAUCGACUUUUUUCUUCUUCGAUAGAUUGAUUCAGUUGACUUAAUUGUAUGCGUGUGUAUUCUUGUCUCUCCAAUUCCGUUGUCUUUGAUGCAUUUAUGAAUAUUCUACUCACUAGCAAAUGGCAACGUUCUUUUCCUCGUUGACUACUUGCUUUUAAUGUUAAAGCAUCAGAUUGAGUCAUCGUUCGAACACAUUCGAUUAUGUACCGAGUCUGUCCUUCUUAUUUUCGUUUCUAUGAUCUACAACAGUCCACUUACCACCAUACCAUGAUGUCUUCUUACAGAUUGACAGAGUUAUCCUCUAUAUACUUAUACAUAUUUCACAAGCACGCACCACGCCUACCAGUGCACCAAUCAAAUUCACUGUACCUAAGAUCACCAAUAACCUGUUUUGUUCUUUGACAAGUGAUUUCUAAUCCUUCAAAUGCUUAUUUAACUCAGUUUCGUUUUCAAUCAUUCCCACACUCUACAGUUCCGUCUGUACGAAGAGCUACGUAGAGAGAUAAUU